ACCGCCCUAGUUUACCUGUAGAAAAAGCUCUCAAUGAGUUGGCAACAUUGUGGAAUGCUAGGCAGCUUCGCGACGUUUACCGCAGUAUACGUUACAAAGAAAGAUAUUGAUGUGCUUUUUUUUAAAGUACAUUAACUAGUUGACAUCGACUUGAUAUCGUGAGUGCAGAGGUCAGCUGUGACCAGCGGAUUAUUAUGGAGCAGGAAGACUAUUUGACGGUACUGAAAAUUCUUAUGAUAGGCGAAUCCAACGUAGGGAAAUCAAGCAUACUUCUGAGGUUCACUGAAGAUGAGUUCCAUGAAAACAUGCAGAGCACAGUCGGGAUGGACUACAAGACGAAGCAGGUUACCAUUGACGACAAUGUAGUGAAACUCGCUAUUUGGGAUACCGCCGGCCAGGAACGAUUUCGUACAUUAACACCCAGUUAUUACAGAGACGGCCAGGGUGCUAUUCUAAUGUAUGAUGUUACGGAUCGAAAUACCUUUGUGAAAUUAGAGACAUGGUUUAAUGAGUUGAAUACAUAUUGUAAUAAGACGGAUAUCAUCAAGAUGGUAGUAGGCAAUAAAAUAGACCUGCCAAAUAGAGAGGUGAGCACUGAAGAAGGCCUACAAUUUGCUAGAAGACAUCAAACUCUGUACAUUGAGAGUAGUGCAAAAACGGCAGAUGGUGUAAAAUGUUGCUUUGAAGAACUUGUACAAAAGAUUAUACAGACACCUGGUCUUUGGGAUACUUAUUCUACACGACUGUAUGACAACGGCACUGUAGGUAGUGCAAGGUAUCGAAAGGGAAAAAGAGGGAUGCAAUUGACUAACGAUCAUCAACAGCAAGAUGCAUAUUCAAACUGUUAUUGCAGUUUGCUGUAAUCGAUUGUGAAAAGUACAUGUGCUAAUAACAAUAGUGUAUACAAUGUGUUAAGUUUAAAAAUCUUGCGCAAAAAAAUCAAUUUUGAGAGACACGCAUUAGUGUAACUCAAAAAGGAUCAAACUUAAUAGGUCACCAUUUCAUACAAGCUAUAUAUUCAGUUUGUGCAAAACUUAUCCAAAGAUAGGCAUGUGCUUGCUUAUAUCAAGUACACAUCUAAACGUACAAACUAUCGUUACAGACUAAGUUGAAUCUGGCUUAGAAAUCUAUGAUGACGAGCAAAAUUUUGUGUUUGUGUAAAUACAUGAUUUAUAAAUACUGAAGAAAUGCUCGUAUAUAGACAUUUGUAUGGACCAUAGUCGGCA